GAAACUCCUCCCGAAUCCCAGCUCCGGCAACGGAACGCAAGAAACAGGAAUACCGAGGAAUCAGGAAACACGGAGAAACAAUGCAAUAACCGACUAAAAGACUGUUUGGAGUGAAAAUCACAGGAGAUCAGCAGUUUCUGAAAUACUUGGACCAAUCCAUCUGGAACCAACAACCGUGCCACAGCCAAGUACAAGAAAUGCAGACUUGAAGGCAACCUCCUAGUUAGUGAGAGAUAAACGUGUUCCUGAUGAGAUGGGGUUUGGUCAGGACUUGAGAAACUCCCACGAGGGCCUAAUCAAACUGCAGGACGGGGAACUGAAGCUUCUAGAAACAGUGAAGCGGUUCAUGACGCUUCGUGUUAAGAGUGACAGGGAGUAUGCAUCACUCCUCCUCAACAUUAGCCAGCAGGUGGACAAGCAAGACAACUCCUCACAGAUCCACUACAUCAGCACCGUCUCCAAGUCAUGGGCUCAGAUGGUACAGCAGACAGAACAGCUUAGUAAGAUCAUGAAGUCUCAUGCUGAGGAGCUGAAUUCUGGCCCACUGCACCGCCUCACCAUGAUGAUCAAAGACAAGCAGCAGGUGAAGAGAAGCUACCAAAGUAUACAUCAGCAGAUUGAGUUUGAACUGAACAAGGUUACAAAAACGGACAUUGAAAAGCUGAAAGGUACAUACAGACAAUUAAUUAAAGAUGCUCAUAGUGCCAAAGAAAAAUACAAGGAGGCAAUUAUGAAAGGUAAGGAGCCAGAGAAGGCCCGUGAGCGCUACGACAAAGCCACCAUGAAGCUACACAAUCUGCACAACCAGUAUGUGCUGGCUGUGCGAAGUGCACAGCUGCAUCAUGAGCACUAUCAUGAAAACACACUCCCUCUGCUUCUUGAUUCUCUGCAGAAGAUGCAAGAGGAAAUGGUCAGCGCCUUAUCCUCCAGAGAGGAGAGAGGGCAGCCGAUGAUCUUCUGGGCCGUAGUGACGACCCUCUGGAGCGCUUUCCUGUCUCCUACUGUGCAACUAGAAAACCACACACAGAAACAAAAGGGGAUACUUGAGGAGUAUAGUGAAAUCACCAGUCUCUUAACAGAUGAAAUAGUGAAGGUCCACAAAGAAAUACACACCUCUAUUGAUCAAAUUGAUCCUGCAUCUGAGUAUGAUGGCUUCAUUGAAGUGUACAGGUCACCUGAAACCAACGAACCUAAUGUAGAAUUUGAUGUCUCCCUAUUAGAGGAAACGGAGAAUCUUCAAGCCAAUGAGAUUCUAUGGAAUAAUUUGACAGCGGACAGUUUACAGGCAAUGCUAAAGUCUACAACAGAAGAGCUUGCCUUGACCCAAAGGAGUCUACAGAGUAAAGAGGACCUUAUGGUAGACUUGCAGAGCAAAAUUGAGGAGUACACCAAAAGUUGUGAGAAGAAGUCUGAUAAGGUGCUGUUGCUCAGUCAGAAGCAGUCUCUGGAGGAACUAAAACAGAUGGUGCAACUCUUGCGCUGCUCAGAAGCGAAACUAAGUUCCCAGAAGGAGAUGCUGGAGCACAAGAUGCAGGAGAAUGAGGGCAAGGAACCUCCAACUGUUGCCAAUUAUGAGGAGGAUGCACGAUCAGUCAACUCGAUGGACAAAAGUAAAGACAGAAUAUCAAAGUUUGACACACUCCGCCACUCUAUUGCUGGCAUCAUCCGUUCACCAAAGUCUGUACUGGGCUCAUCCUCAUUCAUUGAUGUGAUUCCCAUCAGUGAAAAGCCAUUGGGGGAACAGGAGUGGUACCAUGGGGCAAUUCCACGUACAGAGGCCCAGGAGCUGCUUAAGCAGCAGGGAGACUUCCUGGUUCGUGAGAGCCAUGGCAAGCCUGGCGAGUAUGUACUGUCGGUCUUCUCAGAUGCCCAGCGCAGACACUUCAUCAUUCAGUUUGCAGAUAGUCAGUAUCGAUUUGAAGGCACUGGAUUUCCCACCAUUCCUCAGUUGAUUGAGCACCACUACUCUACAAAACAAGUCAUUACUAAAAAGUCUGGAGUCAUGCUUUUAAAUCCUGUCUUAAAGGAUAAAAAAUGGAUUCUCAAUCAUGAGGAUGUCAUUCUUGGGGAACUUCUAGGAAAGGGCAAUUUUGGUGAGGUGUUCAAAGGAAUGUUGAGGGAUAAGACACCUGUGGCUGUGAAGACUUGUAAAGAGGAUCUCCCCCAAGACCUCAAGAUCAAGUUUCUUUCAGAGGCGAGGAUCCUUAAGCAGUACGAUCAUCCCAACAUUGUGAAGCUAAUAGGAGUUUGUACGCAAAGACAGCCGAUUUAUAUAGUGAUGGAGCUUGUGCCAGGAGGUGACUUUCUGUCCUUUUUGAGGAAGAAGAAGGAAGACCUCAAGAUAAAGCAGCUACUAAAAUUUUCUCUAGAUGCAGCUGCAGGAAUGGCUUACCUGGAGCUUAAGAACUGUAUCCACAGGGAUCUAGCUGCACGGAACUGUCUGGUGGGGGAGAACAACCUUUUGAAAAUCAGUGACUUUGGCAUGUCACGUCAGGAAGAUGAUGGGAUUUAUUCAUCUUCUGGCUUCAAGCAAAUUCCUAUCAAGUGGACUGCACCAGAGGCACUAAAUUAUGGGAGAUACAGCUCAGAGAGUGAUGUGUGGAGCUAUGGGAUCCUGCUCUGGGAGACAUUUAGCCUGGGAGUAUGUCCUUACCCAGGCAUGACCAACCAGCAAGCCCGUGAGCAGGUUGAAAAAGGUUACAGAAUGUUGUGCCCACAAAAGUGCCCAGAUGAGGUCUACAAGAUUAUGCAGAGAUGCUGGGAUUACAAACCUGAAAAUCGCCCCAAGUUUGCUGAAAUUCUUAGGGAACUGUCUUCAGUCAAGAAAAAAUAGCUCCAAAUUUGGUCAUGGCCAACAAUCUGAAGCCAUACAUGCGAUUUCUCACUUAUUCACAAAGAGAAAUACCCAAAUGUUUUUCUAUCAUGUCCAUUGCUACAUAAGAUUCUAUUUUGCACAUUUCUUGUUACAUGACUGAAUUGAUGUUUUUGAGCCAAUGCCAGGGAGCUAGGUGUUGACUAUUCAUGUAAAAAUCAGUAUUUCGACUGUAUACUGUAUAUUUCUAUAACUCCAGAGAGAUACUGAAUAUUGUAAAAGGUAUUCAAUAUUAGAGAAUUUUUUUUAUGUCCAAUUUGCAUUCUACUUACCAUGUUGCUGAUAACCAUGAUACCAGAGAGAAAACAAGGUUGACCAAUUGUUUUGGUAAUUGUUACGAUAUUUCUGCUACACCCUCUUGCUUUUCUUACAGCCUUUUUUCUGUUUCAUAACUCACAAAGCCACUUCAGAGCAGUUUUGCUUCAAAAAUAUAAAAUUAGGUUUAUGUGGUAUUGAAUCAAUUAAAAUAGGUGAACUAUACUUCAUUCAGGACUGUUUGUUUAAGGAUUACUUAAAAUUUAGUCUUGUAUAAUACAUUACUGAGUAUAAUUUAUGGAACAUGUUGAGAACAAAAUGUUCAAACUCAACAGACUGGCCUUUCACAUUAAGUGCAAUCAUUCUUUGUGUUGAAUGGACUAAUGUGUAAUUAUGUAAAGCCUGUCAGAGAUAACCUCUGCUUCAGUGAAGGUUCUUCAUUUUAGAGGCAUGUAAUUUUGAUAACUGGACUGCAUAGGUUCUAUAUAAGUUUCUAAGCAAGUAAGAGAUCCAUGCUGAGAUGUUACAUUACUACAUGUGUAUUUUACUUUUAAGGUCUGUGAAUUAGCAGCCAAAGCUAAAAAAUUUAACUCUGUGAAUGUUUGAGUUUGUAAUUUUUAUUUUAUGACAAAGCAGUUUUUGAAAAAUGAAUUUGGAAAGUAUUUGAUGCACAUUUAGCUUCAGUAUAAUUACAUGAAAACAUCCAUUGUGUAUUGGGAAAAACUGAUAUACCUUUUGCAGUUUAUUUUCCCUUUAAAAUACCUUUGCAGUUUAUUUUCUAAUUCUCUCUCCUGAUCAUCAUCUCUGCUACUUGGUUGAAUAGUCCCUUUCAAAUUAUUUCCUCUGAAUUCCUGAAUAAUAAAUGAAAUUAUUACUUUUAUAAGGUGUACUCUGACUACAUUCAUUUUGUAAAUACUGUUCUAGACUGUAAUAAUUUUGUUGGUGUUUUUUGCAAAUCAUAAUGAAUUAAACGUCAGUGACUUUUUAGUUCCUAUAUGGCCAGGCAUCACUGUGUUCUUACAUAAUAAAACAUUUGCACAUUUUAAAUACGUAAAAAUCAUCCUGGUGUCACAUGUGUUGUUUGAAAAGGUUGGCCUUCUUGUGAAAUGUCUGUACUGAUUGAUCCAAACUCUGUCCUGAGUUUGUAUCACUCAACACUCCAUGUACUCUUUCAGGUUCGUCCAUCACAUGAUAGAAUAAUUACCAGUGGCUUCUGAUGAGAUGUGGUUACAUUACCUUAAAACUACUGCUGAGUGAAGUGUUGUGUUUUCCCCUUAAUUUUGUAUUCAGAGACCAGUCAUUGUAUUUAUUUCAAAUUACUUUUAUUCUUUGUAGUUUUCUUAUUUUAUACUAUUCAUCAGAACUACUACUGUCAAUGCAUUUUCCAUGGAAUAUUGAUUUUUUUUUUCUCACUACACUGACCUACCUAUUUUCUUAUAGUUGCACCAUAUGGCUUAAUAUUCAAAUUGUACAGAAAUGCCAAUUAUCAGUGCUGUACAAAAACAAUGUAUAAUAUCAUAGUGAUUCAAGAAUUAAUUUUAGACUUUGUUCUAACAUUACGUAUGGGAAUAGCAUAUUUGUGAUGUACAUUUUAUCCUAUAUUACUAGUGUUGCUGUUUUAUCCUGUGUAGAAGUAUUUCCAGAGUUUUAUGUAGCUUGAGUAUUUUCCUGUAACAUACCUUUUUGAAUUUUGAUUGCACCUAUGGCCAUGUAGGAAGAUAUUCCUUUGCAAAACAUUCCUAUAAAGGUAAUCGUCGGACUGUAGUCAACACCCAAUAACUUUUAAAUGCAACAUGCAUUGUUGUUUUGUUUUUUAAAUUGUUAAAUAAACUCACCACAAAAAACAUA